GUUUUUGGUGAAAUCGAAACAUGUGUGGAAAUCAUAUGUAGCUGCUGUAAUCAGCAUGGGCAGCUAAGAGACACUUGGGAUGCAUGCUCCUCUCAACCAUUUGAUAGGGACUUGAAAGAUGCAACUCACCGAGUUAUCGUUAGGACUCGGGAUUUGGGAAUCGCGAACGACGAGUAAUAGUUAUUACCUGGGAUUUGGGAAAUCAACGAUUUCUCUUUUCUUCAUUUGUGAAGAAUUGCAGAUGCAGAAGAGAAGAGAGGAUCAAAAAAUUUGGGAUUGGAUUCGAUUCAUGAGCCACCUGAUUUUCUUUCUUUCGAAUCCAUAGUAUAAAACCUAUAAGACAUCAAAACCCAUUUCAUCCCCAAAUUUCAGCUCCAAAUGGCUCAAAAUACGAAACCCCCAAGCAUCCUUGAAACAAUUGGUGAAGAAAUCAUCAGAAUCGUGACCCCCGUUUCAAUUUGUAUGUUCUUAGUAGUUCUUCUGGUCGCGAUCCUCAACACUGACACUUCCGAUUCUUCUUCAUCAAUCACAACUAUGGCCACCAUAGCUUACAACGAGGACCCAUCCGAUUCACUCUGGGACAAAAUCAAAGGCGCACUCUUGAAUUCCCUCGUGUUUGUAGUCAUUGUUACGGUAACAACUUUCCUCCUGGUCUUACUGUUCUACUUCAGAUGCAUUAAGUUCCUAAAAUUCUACAUGGGUUUCUCUGCUUUCAUUGUUUUGGGCUUCUUGGGUGGUGAAGUUGCUCUGUUCUUGAUCGAGAUGUAUACUUUCCCUAUUGAUUGUAUCACAUUUUUGGUACUUCUGUUCAACUUCACUGUUGUUGGGGGGAUGUCUGUUUUAAUGUCGAACUUGCCGAUUUUGAUCAACCAAGGGUACCUGGUUGUUAUUGGGAUGUUGGUUGCAUACUGGUUCACUCUCUUACCCGAAUGGACUACUUGGGUUCUUUUGGUUGCCAUGGCUUUGUAUGAUCUUGCAGCUGUGUUGUUGCCUGGUGGCCCUUUGAGGCUUUUAGUUGAGCUCGCCAUAGAAAGAGAUGAAGACAUACCUGCUUUGGUUUAUGAGGCCAGGCCUGUGACUCAUGAUGAAUCAGCGCUGAGGCAGAGGCGGUUGUGGAGGUUAAGGAGGAGUGUUGAUUCUGGUUCAGCUGAAAAUAUGAAUUCUGAGUCUAAUUCUAGCUCAAAUGCAAACACUGUUUCCAAUUCAAUGAAUUGCCAAAAUGAGACGAGGUUGGUUGUCGCUGAAGAGGGUCAACGUCGAGAAUCAGUUUCUGAGCUUGCAGUCCCUUUGAUUCCUCCUCCAUCGCAGAGUACGCGAGAUGGACAAGAAGUUAUUUCAAGUGAAAAUUUGCACCUUGAGGGAAUUGGGUUGGGUUCGUCAGGUGCAAUCAAGCUGGGGCUGGGAGAUUUUAUCUUUUACAGUGUGUUAGUUGGUAGGGCGGCAAUGUACGAUUUCAUGACAGUUUAUGCCUGUUAUCUUGCAAUCAUAGCUGGUCUUGGCAUUACUCUUAUGCUUCUAGCGCUUUAUCAAAAGGCCUUGCCUGCUCUUCCAGUGUCAAUACUGUUAGGUGUACUAUUCUAUUUCUUGACUCGUAUGUUGCUUGAAGCUUUUGUUGUACAAUGUUCAGUCAACCUCAUAAUGUUCUAGAUUGAAUAAUUUUUUGUUGUACAAUGUUUGAUCAACUUCAUAAUUUUCUAGAUUGAAUAAUUAUUUGUUUCCCUUCUCA